AUGCCCCGACCCAAAGUGAGACCCGAAGACCGGCGACGCUCGGUCAAGGCUUGCGAUACCUGUAAGCAUCUCAAGAAGCGAUGCGAUUCCCUCUCACCGUGCACGCCAUGCACGAAGAAAGGCAUCCCAGAGUCUUGCGAGUACUCCGACAGGGCUCGGGGUCGCCUGGACAGGCCAUUUUGUCCCCCGCAAAGACCUUCGCAUAAGCAGGAGUCAAGAUCCGGCUCAAAUCUUAGCCUCGCUCCCAGUAGUAGCGCGGCACAAGUAAAUCAUGAGACGGCAACAUUCGAAGAUACUCGAGACAAUACUCGAGAUAAUACUAGAGACAACACACCUGCCCCGUAUGGCGGGCAAAAGCCUGUUAUGUUGUUUAGUUCCUCUGGAGAAAAAGUCUUCGUGGGUAACACAGCAGCACUAUCAUUUCACCAAUUUCUGCGGAAGACCUUGAAGCGAUAUGCCGGACCCUCAAGUUUUACUGAAGGCGAGCAGAGUCGAAAGAUGCUCGAAAUCGACAUACCCAACAGCGAAGCUAGCGCGUUCAUAGACGAUCUAGGGGAGGUUGAGAAAGUAACCUUCAUACAGUGCUUUCUUGAUGCUUCGUGUGGUCUACUUGACUUGUUCACUCAAAUGGAGAUAGAGCGGCUUAAAAACCUUGCUCGACAUGCACAAGAGAAUGGUCUCAGCACAAUCAAAGGCACCGACAGAGAAGAUAUCGCCUCUUUCUACGCCGUGAUUGCCAUUGGAGCGCAGUGUGGUGGGAAAGACGGCCAACAGCGUUUUACUGCGGCACGAUACUUCACGAAGGCGCGCCAGUUAGCUUUCGAAAGCAUGCUUGAAGAUCCAACGACCAACAUGGCUCGGACAUUCCUCUUGAUGGCAUUUUAUAUGUUCGGUGCCUGUAGAAGGAAUACAGCUUUCAUGUUUAUAGGUGUAGCUUCGAAAGCGGCCGUGGUCCUAGGGCUUCACGUGUCGGGACAGUAUAAGUAUCUAUCGCCUGAAGAGCGGGGCCUGAGAAUCCGUACUGGGAAGAGCAUCAGGGCUUUGGAUUUAGUCUGUAGCUCGAUACUGGGCAGGCCUGGUAGCACGAUGUCACUACGGUCAGAUGACGUUUUCGCAAGCGAUCUUAUCCCUGAAUCAUCGGGCCACCGAGCGGUCGCCCUCAGUGCAACAUACGAAGCAUCGACAGUCUUGGAGUCCAUCGUGCACAAAGCUGCGAAAGACAGCAAUAUGGAUGUGAUUGCGGCUGAACACUUUCUGCAGAUGUUGCGAGAAUGGAGUCAAGCGUUGCCACCACUUCUGCGGCAACGAGCGGGGAAGGACUCAAUAUCGAGGGAGACUUCGAUUGGAAACAUACAUGUCGCUGUAAGCAAAUCCCAGGGUCAUAUUCUACCCUUUUUAUGUACAUAUUAUUUCGGCGUCAUACUAACAACUCGACAUUUUCUCAUCCAGCACACUAUGCCGCUAUUGCGCAGACCCUCACAGCAGAGAACAGACGAUAAUAGUUAUACCUCUAAAGACGGUGGGAGCGUGGCCGAGAUGGCACAUGUGUGUAUUGAUGCUGCAGUAUAUAUGGCACAAAUGUGUUCCGAAGCCGUUGAUGCUGAAAUUCUGCUCGGAAACAUGUGCAUUCUGAAGGCAUGGAUUUUCGCUGCUGGUUUAGUAUUGGGCUUCUGCCUAUUGUCAGGCGAUCAGUCAAAUACUCAGGCCAGAGAUGCAUUUGAUGGCUCGCGGCGGGUCCUUUCCUGGCUUGGUAAACUCAGCCCACAGGCAGCUCAAUACCAUGAGAUACUGACAAGCUUCUCGGACGCCAUCAACACAUACCAGGAUAAACUGGCGCGUGAACAAAAGCGAUCCAAAGCACCCUUGGUCGAGAGAAUUCUUACAUUAGAACCUUCAUCGAACCCACAGGAUUCUCACCGGUCCAUAUCAUCCAUAAUUGGAGGAAUUGAUGCCACGCUAUCGGGAUCGGAGGCAGUCGACAGCGAAACGACCCCAACGUCGUGGUCAGACAUUUUAGGAACGCAGUCGUUACUAGACUUCCCAAUGCCCACGGGUGAAGACGAGAUCAUGCUAAAUCUGUUUUGGGACGGGUACGCUAUGAAUUUUGGUGAAUCAGUUGCUUGA